CACCCAUCACCAAUACAAUCCACCACGACUCGCCACAACAUCGCCUAAAUCCACUCGAACACACUCCAACGCGGUCGCAAACCGAUUCGUAGCCUAUCGCCGUCAUCGCGCCUUCUCGCAAUGGCUUCCGGCGCCUCAUACACCGAAGCCGACGCGCAGAUGGGUGGUGGACCUGGUCUUUAUGGCAACCAGAAUGGAGGAGGAUCGCCCUCGCAGCAGCAACAGCAUCUAUCGCACGAUCAUGACCUCUCAUCACUAUCAGAAGGGAUUGCUCAUAUCCAGCGCAAUAACGAGAUGAUGGACGCUGGAGGACCGCAAGCGCAUCACAUGGGUGCAUCAAUGAAUCCCGCGCAUCACCAAUUCCAAACACCACCGCGCCCCGCACCCUCUCCCCAACAGAUGGCACAAACGGUCAUGGGUCUGGAUGAACAUAACAUGUUCAGCGACCACGAUAGCAGUCGAAAACGCUCAAAGGUCUCUCGCGCCUGCGACGAAUGUCGGCGGAAGAAGAUUCGAUGUGACGCCACAAAUGAGAAUGGACCAGAAGCUUGUUCAAGCUGUAAACGAACAGGAGCGCGUUGUCAGUUUAGUCGUCAGCCCAUGAAACGCGGACCAAGCAAAGGGUAUAUCAAGGAAUUGGCCGACCGACUCAAUUCACUGGAGAAUCAGAUACAAUACCCACACGCGCAGCCUACUCAAACUUUCGACUACGCGCCAAUGCGCGACCAGCCAGUCCCGGACACGCAAGCGCAGACGCAAUUCCAGCGCAAACGGACUCAUUCCAUAUCCGAAGGUCUUCAAGAAGGGUACAAUCGUUCGAGCUGGCCCGCUCAAGACCGCGGUAUAGAGGCCUGGGAUCCUCGUGCGCUCUCUUUGCUGACCUCUCAAGACCUUCCGUCAAAUGGGCAGACAAACAGACGCGGUUCCUAUGGCGAUUUAACACUGGCAGGUAAUCUCAUCAAUGGGACGAAUGAAGGAACUAUCAAGUCAUAUUACAGCACUAUACACUUGGUCUAUCCUGUCCUUGCGCAAGAUUCAACAGCUCUGAACCGUCUGACUAACUGCCCGGCCAAAUUGAGAGAAUCUUUCUUCCUUGCCUUGGAAUGCAGUGUUCACUCAUAUGCGCCAACGGCAUUACCUCCGAUGGACGUUUCUCUCACUCAACUUAUUCAAAAGUGUCUGGAAGCUCUCGAGCUAGCCCAGCAUACACUCAGCGAUCCAGAUAGUUCGAGACAGUUCUACAACCACCUCGUAUAUUGUCAGACUCUGGUGUUCCUCAUCAUCGCAUCAGACAGGCCUUCCACAGAUAUAAUUGCAAGCACGUCUGAGCUUCUAGGCCGACUUGCUGGGCGCAUUUCGGAGCUAGGCAUUAACGAUGCAAAGAUUGUCGCGGCGCUACGAGACCAAGAUCGUGAGCUGUACGAAGACUCGCGCCGACUAUUUUGGACCGCUUUCAUCCUGGAUCGCUUCAAUGCAUCGAACAAAGGCAGGGACAUGGUUCUGCCAUUGUACGCUGGCUCAGUAUCCCGGGAUGAUUAUGAUGCGCUGGGGGAGGUUGGCUAUCACUUAGCCCGUGCUGCCGAUAUCAUUGGCCAGGUGACUUAUAUCGCUCGAGCUGGAAACGUGCCUAGCAUCGAUCCCACUUCUGCAAUGACCUUUGCGGACCUAACCUCUUCGUCCCCAGCCUCCUUGUAUCUCAACGGGCAGUUGCUACGCUUCCGAGAAUCCCUUGAAAUUAGCUCCCUGCCACCUACAUCGCCACCAUAUCUUGCCUACCAGUAUCUUCGCAUCGUGGUCGCACGUGCAUCUACUUACACGGCGCCGAAAGAGACGCUUGCUUUCACCAAGGAGCUACUGGGGAGUAUACAGGCCGUCAAUGGGUCGAUAACCCCGCUGCACCACAUUUUUGCCCAUAUAGUGGCAACCUCUCUCACCGACCUUGCCGACAAGGUUGAAACCCAGAUCGAUGCACAUGGUAGCAUCAGAGAGAUGGAUGAGGCAAUUGCAAAUGGCAACAUUCUAGUUCGCAUACCCGACGGCCUAGGGUGGGACACAGCGAUCCGAAAUAUACUCCACCAGAAGAGAUCAUCCGAAGCACCACCUAAUAAUGUAGAGCAGACCGGCCCAGCUACAGAGCCGAAUAUGGCCGGGCUCCAACACCUUGCUGCGGCUGCAGUAGGCGAACGUGAAGGGACGGAUGCACGACCAUCGAGCAGUGGAGGAAGCGCGCAAAUCUCGCAAUCAAAUGCAGACGUCAAACAUGACCUCACUGCUGCUAUGGCUGCUGCAAGCGAGGCCGCUGCCGCCCAGGCAACCGCUGCCGCUGCCCAGCAACAAUUACAAAGUGCUUCUCCAACUGCGAAUCCCGCACAUGAUGGAAACGCCAACAGCAACUCGGGACCAGGCGGGGACAACGACCAAUAUGACCCGAGUUUGAUAGGCAAAGACGGCUUCAUGUCAGCAGUCAGUUGAGCAAACCGCACUUUGCCUCGGUCCUCAUUUCCGUAAUCUCAAAUAUUUCGCCGCCAUUGUAUCCCUUAUAUCA